GGGUAGGUAGAUGUCGGUUGAGCCGGGAGUGAGUUCGAAUAUCGAGCGCGUAACGAAGUUUAGUUCGCCGGUAGAAACACCACUAUCCUGGAUCAGUAGCCGGUUGAGAGGGUAGGUCGCUCGCAGCUCCGCAAAUUCGUUUCGUUACAAUGGCGCCCAAAUAGGUAGAAUAUCGAGCCGUAUAGAAUUUUAGCUAGCUAAUCAUUUUGUGGUUUUUGUGGUGUUGGCUUUCUAACAGUAGUGUUAAGAUUAUUUCUCAAUCACAGGAUACCAAUUGUGAAUUUUUCUACACCUACCUUCAAAUUUUUUAUUUCACAUAUUGGUAGACUGAUUUUCUGCUGAUUUUGCAUAAUUUUUGUGUUUUAAAUUGUGUUACCUAUUUAUAUUGUGCCUUUUAGAUUUUUUUGUUUUGCAACACACAUUUCGCUGCGGUUUUUUAUAAAAAAUUUAAUCAUGUCUUACCCUAUUAAAUUUUUAUCGCUACAAAAAGCUGAACUCGACUACGAAGUUACUGUUCGUGGCGGUACUGGUGGUGAUUCAGUCAGCGAACUUCGGAAGCAGAUAGUAAAACUAUCUUCUAUUUUACCUUCGGAAGACAUUUUAGAAUCCCACUUAGAACCAUCCGAGGAUUUGAAAGCCGUUAAAGAGUCGUUGAUAAAAUCUCACAACAAUAUAAUAUCAAUUAAAUCUAAAUUUGAUAAAAACUUGUUUACCCGCACAGAAAAUCUUCUGCAUCAUAUAUACCAUCGCUUGAAUAGGAUUAAUUACGCGACUGCUGACGUGUCGGAUAUUUAUAAAGUAUGCAAUACGAACUUUAACUCGCAGUACAAGGAAUUGACUUCAUUUAAGCCAAACGCACAAAAUACCCAAGUUGGUACUAGCCCAUCAGAACCGGUACGUGAACCUAUUAACGUGUCAGUUACUUGCGAGCGUAAAUUCAAUUCUGAGAUAGGCAAAUUAAAAUUCUCGGGGAAAACUUGCGUUAGGGCAUUCAUACAAAAGGUUAAUGAGUUUAUUCUGAGCAGAUCUAUACCUCAGGAAAAAAAUCUUGCCUUUGCUUUUGAGAUCUUCACCGAUGACGCCUUACACUGGUAUCGGUGCAUCAAGGACAGAGUUGAGACUUGGGAUGAGGUAGUAGUUUUGUUGAAACAAGACUUUAGUCAAAACGAUUACGACUAUAGAUUACUCGCGGAAAUACGUGCACGCACACAGGGUGAACUAGAAAACAUAACUAUAUAUAUAGCUAUUAUGCGUGGUAUGUUUUCCAGAUUGGGGAAGUCCUUACCAGAAGAGGACCAACUGGAAAUACUAUUGCAUAAUAUCAGGCCUUGUUAUGCAAGUACUCUUGCAUCUUCUGCUAACAUAACUGAUAUUGACAGUCUCCAGAAUAUAUGUAGGAAUUAUGAAAAUAUACAGUCUAGGCUCAAGCAGUUUCGCGAACCACCUAAAGUUAGUGCAGAUACUGUAGCUCCAGAGUUUGCAUAUACCAAGCAAGCUACUACAAGUAAUUCAAAUAUUAAUUACAAAAACUACAAACAACAAAGCCAUAAUUUUAAUCCUAACUAUUCUAAAAACUACUCUAAUAACUAUAAUCACUACAAUAAAUCUAAAACUACCUCUAAUCUAACACAACAGGAGAAUCACAAAUUACACGUAAAUGAAAUGACACCUUCAAACGAUAACAAUAGAAAAUACGUAUACUGUCCUAGAUGGUUAAAUAACGACAAUGGUUAUGUGUGCUAUAAAUAG